GCGCAGUCGGGUACCCUCCACAGGGCCAGGAAAUCCAGCCUCGCCCGCCCGCGUGCUUCUCCUCCCGCCUCGUCACAGAGGCUGCGCGCAGAAAUUGAGGGCUACCCAUUCUACCUUUCCUACACCUCUCCCACACCAUACCAUUCUCCGACCCGAUCUCGUAAAUGACUUCCUCUCGCACCUCUCCCGAUCCGCUUCGAACUCAAUAACCAGUCAUUUGGGACUGUUCAGUCUCUUCACUCGAAAAAAGCUCCAACCGACCACAAGUCUCUCCCCUCGUCCUGCUUCUCGCUGCCGCUGCCGCCACACCCACCUCCGUGAUCGCUUGGGCACGUCGCCAGGGGCAAGAGUCUGAAUAGCGCAAUGGCAACCCAACAGAUCCUGUUCGCCGAGACGGUGGCCGCUAUGAAGAAGGCUCUGAAGCGAAAAGCAUAUGAAUCCGACUCGGACGACGAGAUUGACCACUACGGCAACCGUGGUCAUAAACUGCAGAAGCGCGCACUCUUUGCUCACAAAGGUCAACUCGCACCACCCUCCGGUCCUGAAGUUUACAACGAAGUGAUUGACUACGCCGGCCAGCAGCGCACGAUAAUCAGCCGCAACCCUCCCAUUGUAGACGAAGAAGGAUACGAGAUUGACAGCGACGACGACGAGGAGCGCAUUCAAGAGGCUGUCGCCUCGGCCACAGAGCUUGACCCCUACGCCAAUAUUCGAAUUGAACAAAUCCUAGCUCCCUUGACUGCCUCAAUCGAUCUGCCACAACAUCCGACCCUUUCGAAACCCUUCACGGCCAAGACCCUAGACGAGAUAGCCGAGCAAAGCUGCGACGUUCGACGGAAAGAAAAUGCGUCGCUGUGGAGAGUCAGGCAUCUCUUCACAAAGAUAUGCGGCGACUACACAUGGGUCCCCUGUGGCAUGAUGGUCGGUCCGGACGAUGCCGACUUGUACUCAACAGACUACGUCGAACGCGGCUACCUACAAAACACGAAAGCCACCACUGCCGGAUCAAACGGGGACGCCUCCUCUGGUACGUUGAGCGGCGAUGCGAAACCAGAACACGCGCCAAACGGCACGAACGGCGAGGCGUCUGGAGACAAGGACAAUGAAGAUGGGGACGUGACAAUGACUGAUGCCGGCUCCGAGAAGGGGGAUGCUGCUGCAAAGUCCGCAUCUGAAAAGGCAGACAAGGAGCACACUCAGCCUGAAGCAGACGUAUCCCAGGGAGCAAACGGCGAAACUUCAAAGCCCAGCACGGUAGCCAAGGAGGCACAGGUUGAAAGCAAAGCCGACAAGAAGCAGAAACAAAAGGCGGUUGACGUUGAAAUGCACGACGGCAACGCGAUACCUCCGUCACAGCCCGGAGCAGAGCUGGCUGAUGGCAACGGUACGCAUGCGCCGUCAAUGGCAACGGCAUCGGAGGCGGCGGACGAAACCUUUGUCCACCCAUUCUUCCGGCCGCCGGCCAACGCUCGUCCAGACCGAGAUGUGGGUCUACCAGAGGCAGAGGCCGAGGAUAUCCGCCGCCUGUUAGCCCUGUACGUCCAAAAACAAGAGGAGGUCUGCCGCGGUGCUAUGAAGCUCCACGAAGGCCUUCUCAAGGCCAACCGGCUACGCAACACAGUUCUCGAGUGGUCCAAGUCGGAAGCGCACAGUGGUGCCAACCGGGAUAUGUCUGACGGCGAGGACUGGUACGACAAGGAGAAGUGGGGCCUCACGGAGGAUCUCAAGAAGGGCCAGGACGACGAGGAGGAAGACACGGGCACCGUAGCCAAGAAGACUAGGAAUCGCAGGUGAAUGGGUGCCCGGGCGUUGUUGGCUUACUUUGAGGGAUUGUCUCCGGGUUAUGGUGUUUGGCGGUUGACGUUGCAAUUGAUACCCCCCACGUUGCGAAUUGGUCCAGGCGGCGCGCUGUUUUCUAGUUAGUUAUAUAUAUAUGCUGGAUUUCUUGAUGACC